GAAUCAAACUAGGAUUCAACAAGCAUCAAUGGAAAGAUAUAUUCAAGAAAACGAUGACAAUUUUGUUGAGUCUAUGGGUGACAACACCACAGCCAACGAUGUAACUCGUUUGUCAAGAUUUCUGACAUCAUUCGUGGAUGGUAGUAAUUUGCUAAGCUGGUCAAUUGCUACCUUAUUCCGCAUAUAUUUGUUGGCCUACCAUGUUGAUCUUGUGGCAGGUGUAUUGAAAUUGCAUGACUUUACAAGCCGAUUUCUAGCGAUUAAGGAGCUGAACAUAAUCUGGUUCACAUUUGCGGUGAUGAAAUCCUCACCCGAGGUGUCCGCUCUCUGUGACACCAUUGACCGCCUCCAGAACUCCACCACAAUCCAUCCUGUGACGUCAUCAACCGCAAUUUCAAAGAGAACCCAACUGAUACAGGAGAAAAACAAGAAACUACAACAAUCCUGCAGAUUCUAUGCAAAACUGCUGCCCGGCGCCUUCAUUAUCAGCGGUCUCCUACCGUUCUGUCAAGUAGUUUUCCAAUUUUGCUACUUCACGUUUGUCCAAAAAAGAAACAACGAGAACUUAGAUGACCUGCCUUUCGCGAUGUUUUUCUACUAUCCAGAUAACUAUAAAACAUUGAACACUUACAUGGUUGCUCAGUUCCUUAUUUGUAUCCUGCUCUACAUUGUGAUAAUUCAUUACUUGUUGCCUGUUUUUACGUCUGUUUCACUGGCCACUAUAUCUAUCAUCUAUGAGAUAAAGUUUAUCUGCCUCAGACUUGAUCAUUUGAGUGAUUUGAGAGAUAAAGGAAGGGAGCUGUUGAAGUUUCAUGCAUCGGCUCUAGUCAAAUCACACGUUGACUUGGCAAACGACAUCAAAUCUCUGAACAAAUGCAUCAACGGAUUGGCAGUUGGGUACAUGAAUGUAAUGGCCUUACAGAUAUGCAUGUAUCUUUUCUGUUUACUAGAGUUUGAUGACAUAGUAACCAGGCUAAAAUAUGCUUUUUGUAUUUUAUUCGUGAUCAUGGUGAUGAGCGUAUGCACAUCGUUUGGACAGAGGAUAAUUAAUGCGGGAGACAUUCUAAGCUGGGAGCUUUAUAACUGUCCAUGGUUGGAAAUGCCAAAUUGGUUCAAACGAUCUUUGCUGUUAAUGAUGACAAGAUCUAUGAGGAAAAUGGAGUUGAAACCUUAUGGCUUAUACGUACUCGAUCUCAGAUGUCUAACUAGUAUUGUAAAUGCGACAUACUCCUACUUCAACUUCUUUCUGAAAGUUUGAGUGAUGAAUAUGUUGAACCAAUUCGGAGAUAAUCCGGUAUCUGAGUGAAGAUAACAUUCUAAUGAUGAAUGGUGAUCAUAGAAUUUACUCAAGAAUAUAUCAUGAUUCACCGUAACUUAUUGUGUGCUCUAUCAUACCAGUCAUGUGAUAGCUGUAAACCAUUGCUUUCGAGACUACUUACAGACACUAUAAUAUUGUUGUUAUGUCAGACGACAUGCAGCUAUCAUAGGCAGUAAGCUUUGUUAUCGACAUGAAAAUGUAUGUCAAGAAAAGUGAAUAAAUGUGAUGUUCACCUAAUA